GCUUUGUUUGAGAGAUCGAUUUAUGUGUAGCUUUAACGUGUUUUGAUUAAAAGUAGCUAGAAAAAAAACAUUUUGAAGAAAAAGAAAACACAACGAAGCACAACGUAGCUACAUUUAAAGCCAAUAAAAGUCAGGUAACUAAGAGGGAUAUUUUCAAUGUAGUUUGUCUUCAGGGAUGGAAAAAAAUAAGAAACAUGAAGUCGAUCUAAAAACAGAUGUAAAAGAAAACAAUGCAAGUACGAAUAAGAACCAGAACAAGUCAAAUGGUCCAGAGGAUUGGAAAGAGCUUCAAGAUGGGCUUAAAAUGGAAUUAGCACAAAACCACAAUACUGAUAAUAUGAUUGAUAUCACUGGACUGUUGACAAAUUUACUUAAAGGACAAAACGAUUCUGCAAGCCCUUCAGGUCUGGCUCAAAUUGAUUUUCGCAUGAUUAAACCAAUAAUGCCUUAUGAAAAUUGGCUACCUGAUCUGUUUCCGUGGAGCACACCCGAGAGCACAAAGAAUCUUGCUUGGAGACAGCACACACCUGUCGCACUUAUUGAUCGGGACUGGAAAUGCUUAAAUGAUUGCCUUGUGCAGUUUGCUCUAAAUUAUACUCAACCCCCAACAUGCGAAAUGAUCAAUCUUCAAACAGAAAUCGAGGAGAUUAUUCUUAGUGUUGUAACAGUUUUAAAACAAAAGUUUAAAUUAUUUUCUGGUUGUAAACUUCACCACACAGGCAGUGUAUACGAAGGUUUAAAAAUAGGCAAACUAGAUGAAUUUGAUUUUAUGAUUGAACUUACGAGCCUGCAAGAUUUAAUAACUUUCAGCCAUCCUGGAAGUCAGAAACAGCUCUUGUCAUUUGUUAUCGACGAUCUCUCUUUCGUCGAUGAUAUACCGAUUCUAGUCACACCAGAUGUUUCACAAAAUAAAGGUGAAAGCAAACAGAGAGAAGAAAUGGAGCUGGAUAGUCUAGAAAAGUCAGGUGCAAGUGAUGCAGAUAACGCCAAUGGUCAAUUUAUUGAUCUAAGUGAAGAUAUACAUCAUUGUCGAAACAGAAACAAAACCGCAAGUGCAAGUGAAGAGGACGAAGAGAAUAUAACCGAUUUUUCAAUAAUUUUGCGAAGUCUAGCUAUUAUUAUAGAAGACGAAAUCCAAAAUCAUUUACCUCAGCAUAUUACAUUAAAACAAAAUAAGUUCUUGCGGACUCCCCUAAUGGUUUUAGAUUUCUUUCAGCACCACAGUGCUUUCACGUACGUGUUGGAGAAGGGUGAUGUUUUUGUGAGUAUUGAUAUUGCUUUAGCAGUGCCAAUUUAUAAUUUGGCUCCACUUUGGUUGGGUUCUGGUGGUAUGAUAAAAAACAGCAUGCCACAUGACUAUCUUGAACAAGUCAAGAGUAACCAUACUAUUCAUUACGCUAUCUUUCGGAGUGGCAGUACCUGCAGAAUAUCGUUCUCAUUUGCUGAAAAAUCAUUAAUAAAUUUAUAUUCUAAUGACAGCAUUCAAAAGCUUUGUUUAAGGGUUGUUAAAUACCUUCGUGAUAACUGCACAACACACAUUGCUUCAACUGAAAAGGGUUCAAAGUAUCCAAUCUUGAAUUCAUAUCACAUAAAGACAGUGUUUUAUUUCAUGUUUGAGAAGUACUCGUCGGCUGAUGAUUGGCUGCUAAAGCAUGUUGCUGCGAGAGUACUGGAAGCUCUGCUGGUAUUACAGAAGUGUUUUGUGGAGAAAAAAUUAGAAAGCUUUUUUAUACCGCAUUAUAACGUUUUGCGGAAAAUGAAAUAUAUAUCAGAACUUUCUGAUACGAAGGACACUCAAAUAGUUACAGAUGAACUUCGCUCUAUAGCGCAAAUGUUAAUUGAAAUCGAGGAUACGAAAUCUGUCCCACGUGGCUGUGAAAUGCUUGAUUUAUUUGUUAGGGAAAAGAAGGACAAACUAAGAAAACUUUCAGAUGAUGAAUACCUCGAAAGAAUACGAUACGAUUUCAUUUUCGAUAAUUGUGAGUAAUUGGUGUCAUACAAUAAAGUUUUGAGUUUAAAUAUAUUUAUAUAUAUAUGUUAUAUAAAGAAUUUAAAAACAACUCGAAGUAUUACUAUCAAGUUAUUCUCACUUUCUCAAAAGAAUGAAUAUUUAUAUAUUUUUUCAUGUUAUUUGUAGUUAUUUGCACGGUCGAUUAGGCAGCAAACCAGGCAAUGAGUUGAGUUCUUUAGGGACCAGAAAAUCAAACAAAGUAGCCACAUUGGAGAAUAUUACGAGUUAGUGCUGUCAUAAAUAUAUAUAUUAAAUAAAUGUACCUUAAUUUAAAGAAGUCUGUUUAAAAGAUUUUUUAAACUGAUGUACUUCGAAUUCUGAAAGGGAAUAAAAAAGAUGAAGAAUAUGAGGUUUAACUUGCUUUACUUAUUUUUUCUUUCUUUUUUUUCAAAGAAGAAAUAUUUUUACAAUUACCUUAAGAUAUAUUAACUGAUAGUUUUAAACAAGUCUUGCAUGCCGGCUUCUUAUUGUUAACGUUAUAAUAACGUUUCUUUUUCUAU